AUGUCCGCUUUUUCUGAGAUGCGUUCGUCACAUAUCUCACAAAUCCCGAUGACCACGCCAACAGGUGGUCUGAUUCGGGCGUCGUCGAUCGGAGGCAGACGGAUGCCUCGCCGCUUCGUCUGCAUCUCCGGACUGCUUCACCCGAAAAAAGCAGUAAAACAUCCCCGUGCGCUCCCUCCUCGCCGACGACGAGCUAAAGGCAAGUGCUAG